AGGAAGUCUCGCGAGAGCCCGCGGCGGCGCCUGUCCUUGGAGCGCGCAGACAUGGCGCCGUCGCUGUUCCGCCUGUACCGCGAGAGCCCCGAGGGCACCGACUGUCACCGCAAGGCCUACGCCACCACCGGGAUCGGCGGGGCCGUGGGCCUGGUGGUGUCCGCCUACAGCAUCGCGCUGCGGCCGGCGGACUCCGUGCUCGAGGGUGUGGCCCGCGCCGGGCGCUUCACCUUCACGGCGGCCGCCAUCGGCGCGGUGUUCAGCGUGACGUCCUGCAUCAGCGCGCAGCUCCGGGAGCGGCCCGACGACCCCCUCAACUACCUGCUGGGGGGCUGCGCCGGCGGCCUGACCCUGGGGGCGCGUGCCCACAGCUACGGCGUGGCGGCCGGCGCCUGUGCCACCCUGGGGCUGACGGCGGCGCUGGCGAAGAUAGGCAGCCUGGAGGGCUGGAGGCUGGUGUCCCCGCCCCGCGUGUGACGGGCAUG